AUGAGUCUACAGCAAAUAGCGCCACUUGCCUACCUAAGAGCAGCCAUAAUAGCCCUUACCUUUGCCAUUGGAGCACUAUGCAUUGCAUCCUUCCAAUGGAUCUGCGUGCAACUACUCCAAAGCUCCCCAUCGACACUAUACGCGAUAAUAAGCACCACCAAGACCCAUUUCGUCAUCUUGUUGGGGUUCUUGACCUCGAUAGUGAAUCCAUGCAAGAUUGCAAUCACCAUAGACACGCAAUCAGUGCCACAUAGUCAGCAGUUUAAAGUCGAUUCCACCGGCCACAUCCACACUUUUCUCGACCCAAACUCGAUUUUAAUCUCAAACCACCAAAUAUAUACCGACUGGUUGUUUAUCUGGUUCCUCACGUACACGUCCAACCUCAGCAAUAGCGUCUUUAUCAUCCUCAAGGACUUAUCGAAAAUCCCCGUGUUGGGCUAUGGCAUGAAGAACUUUAAUUUCUUGUUUCUUUCGAGGAAAUGGGAAAAGGACAAGGUGAAAUUGACUAACCAGUUGUUGGAGAUCGAUGCCAACGCGAGAGGAUUGGGUCCCGCCAACGGCGUCUCGAUUCUAAGUUCAACCGAAAAGGAAAUCAAGAAAUGGCCCAAGGGGACUUGUUCAAAGCUGAAAGAUCAGGCCGUAUGGCCAUACGAGUUGAUCUUGUUCCCCGAAGGAACGGUAACGUCGGAUCGAACCACCAAGAAAUCGGCAGAGUACACCCUGGGCAAAGGUUUGCCUCCCUUGAAACACGUAUUAUCUCCUCGGGUACGAGGCUUGUACUUGUCGCUCAAGAAAUUGCAAAACACAAUAGAGGAAGUUUAUGAUAUAACCACCGUGUAUGGAGGCUUGCAACCGCACGAGUACGGAGAGAUUAAAUUCUCACUAAAAAAUGUCUAUUUACGCGGCCAAGGACCACCUGUGGUCAACUACUUUAUCCGUGCCUACAAGAUCAAGGAUAUCCCCGCAUUGGGUGCGCAAGAUGACGAAAUCGACGAUCUGACGCAUGAGCAAUUGCAAGAGUUUGAGAAAUGGUUGUUGAAGAUUUGGUAUGAGAAAGAUGCUUUGAUAGACGGCUUCCACAAGACGGGGCAUUGGCAAACCGAUUUGAGUACACGCAAGAUUGUGGGAGAUUUCAAAUUGAAGAACCCGUUGGAACUUGUGAGACCCUUUUUGCCCAUCGCCACCAUCGUCCUGGUCUUAAUCACAAUUGGCUACUUUGUUUCAGUUUUGCUAAGGUCGGGACUUGCCGAGUAUCCCAUCAUGGAGUAA